AUGAAUGUAAACAAUGAAAGCAAGAUAUAUGAAUCAUGUGUUGAGGAACUCAAGGAUGAGGAUGAUGAGGAAAUAAAAUUUGAUCCUAAUAGAAUUGCAAUACAAGCCAGCAGUGAAACGUAA